AUGGAGAAUGUUCAGGCCAUUCCGUUGUUUCCUAGGUGGCAACGUAUCGGUCGACUGAUCGCAAACGUCGACCACUACGGAAAAUUUAAAUCGAUUCCUAACGAUCUGGAAAAUCGUCGUUACGUCGUUUAUCAGUUGGUACACAUGUUACGAUCUCACAUUGCUGCCGUGUUAUCCAGUCGAGGCAUUAGCUUCUGGUCAAUGCAACAGGAUUCGGUAUGGACGGAGAAUUUUGUGUCCAUGGAAGUUGAAAAACACUAUCCGAAUGCGUUGCUGAUAUUUGACACUGUUGGUAAUGAUCAGUUCGCUGUCUAUAAGAGAUCGAUUCCGGGUUGGAUUUGUGGUGCGACGUUUUUCGUCAGAGCCAGUCCAGUGACAGUGGAAUUCUUCAAGAAGAUAGAUCACGUGUCGAAAUUGUCAAAAAUGGAGCUCUUCAGGAGAGAGAAUUUCAUUUUCAUUAACAAUGAUGGUACCUGUAAUGCGUCAGCUGUUCUUCGUGUGAAAGAAACGGUAGCUGCUGCUCUAAAUGAAGUUCGCAAAGAACCUGUGGACGAUGUUGAAGUGUCGACGCUGGACCAUCUCCUAUGGUGCAUUCAUCGUUGGAUGGGAUUCGAUCCGUACUAUAACAAACGUUUUCUACGAGUGCAUGAAUCAAUAGUGUAA